AUGGGCAUUCUCAGGGGCAUCAAAGCCAAUACAGGUAAGGCCACUCAGAAUGGCAUUUAUAUUCACACACACACAAAAAAUAUACACAUUAAAAGAAAGUAUUGUAACGAAAAUAUUGCAGCUCACGGUAUUUGGUAUUUAAAUUAUACUUAUGGUAUAUCAAGUUCUAAAAUUCUAAGAUUAUAGAGCAUAAUAGGUCAACUAUUUACUAGCAAAUUGUAUAGAUUUUAAAAAAAAAAUUCUAAAUAAAGAAAAAAUGUUGCUUUGGAAAAAUUCUCCAACGUUGCAAUAGUCACAACAAUUUUUUGUAAAGUUUGCAUUUCAGUUUUACAUUUUCUACAAAUUUGGCUAUGUGAAUACACUCCACUUAGCACAAGAUGUGUUUUUUUUUGUUUUUUUUGAGAGUUUGAAUAUUUGUGGCUGAGAAGUUAAAUGUUCCAGUUGGUACUAUGAAGAUUAGCAGAAAAUGUAUAUUUUUUGUUAUUUCAUUAUAUUGUAUUAUUAUUUGCAUUAUUCAUUGAAUUUAUUUAUUAAAUGUAAACUAAUCUUACGUUGCAGCCAUUUCUGGUGAGGUGCUGUACUCUGGACCCAUAAAGCAGACUCUGGUGUUUGAUAUAGCAGCUAGGAUCCCCAAUAACAGUGCGGUGACCAUGGCAGAGCUGAAACUCUUCAAAUUGUCCCCCAACCUCAAGAAUCUUCCUGAGAGAAGACACCAUCGACCCGUCAACAACGCCAGAGUCAGUAUCUGCUACGUGGAGAUUCUAAAGGAUGGGACCAACAGGACUCACCUAGUAGACUCCAGGUAGGUGGCCUGGCUGCAUUGUAUGUUUGUCUAAAUGAUACAUAUGAGUAAGAGAGUUUGGAGAGGCAUUAAAAAUAUUUAAGGUUAUUUAGUAAAGUGAGAAUUGCCAGGAAUUCAGAAUUAAUUCGAAAUCUAUUUCAAAUUUAAGGUCAAAAUAGUAGAAUUGGAAGCAUAGCAGUAUUGGAGAACCUUUUGGCUAUUUUCCACUUAAAUUUGAAAUUUACUUUGAAUUCCUGACAAUUGUUUCUUUAGUGAAUAGCCCAGAUUGUAUCGUGCUCGGAUAUAUUAAUAAGUCAUUGUCGCCCCCUAGGCUGGUGCCAAUCAUGGAGUCGGGUUGGAGAAGCUUUGAUGUGACCUCGGCGGUGCAUUACUGGAUGGAAAGUGAGAACAAGGCCACCAUGUACCUGGAGGUCCAGGUGGAUGGCGAGAGACCUGGCAGCUAUGCUUCUCAAAUGGCCCAGCUGGUACAUUUCACUUCCCAGAAUCCUCACGGAGAUGCCAAGGAAAUACCUGAACUGGCUGUAUACACGCUCGAUCAGGCUGAAAAUGGGUAAGAAAUCUAACGUUUAAUGUUUAUGCUUCCCCCUGUACUGUCUUAGAUAAAGUUAUUCAAGAUGGCUGUAAACAUAGGUGACUCUGAUCUGUUAGACCUGCGUGAAUCAGUGCUUCAAUCUUUCUCUGUAUAUAUUGGUUUCAGUCAAAGCUUCAAUACCCACAUUUUAGCAGUUGAGGCCAGGCAGCCCCAAAUACUGGCUGUCCCGGUAAAAUACCGGCCAGGUGCCAUCCCUAUUAAAUAGAAGAUAUAUUUUUCUUCCUAUUCAGCCAUCCAUGUACCAUCCAUUUGUUGUCUACAUGUCUGAGUACAUAAUCUGUAACCACUAGCUAUAAAAGCAAUCUAGGUAAAUGUGGUUAUAGAUUUGUAAUCCCUAACCGGGAAAAUCUUGAUAUUAAAUGAUUUCCAGGCGGUUUAUUUACGAACAGAGUAUACAAAUAUAGAGAACUGAAAACCAAAUGUCCAUGUCAGCCAUUUUCAAUCCAGUCAUUUUUUACUUAAAAUUUGAACCAAUUAAAAUUAGUUUUAAAUUCCUGAAAAUUCACACAUUACUGAAUAACCCUGCCACCAUGUUUUUCAUUUGGGGGUGCUACUUUUUGAAUAUUGUGAGGCCUCUAAAAGCAAGCACAUAAUCUCCACUUCUAAUGACACUCUUAUGAAGUAUUGUCCAAAACUAGACUUCAAGGGCGAGACCUGUGUUGCUUAUUUCCACCAAAAAAAGUGCUAAAUCUUGACCACAAACUCUAGCAUGUUGCAAUCAGACAUCUGUAGUGAGCCAAAUUAUGUAUCAUUUGAUCUGCCAUGUUUUAAUAGUGCUCUAAACAAAUCUUCCAUUUCGUUUCCUAGAGUCCAUGGAGACUGCUCAAAACUAGGUGAAAACAAGGACAAUCGAUGCUGUAGAGAAGAAUACUUCAUCAAUUUUCGCCAAAUGACGUGGACACAGUACUGGAUCAUUGAACCUGCGGGAUACAAUGCUUAUCGCUGUACCGGAGGCUGCCGCCAACCAAAACUUCCCUUCUUUCAACAUCCCUAUGGGGAGAGGACUUGUUCGGUUGUGGAAAGUGCUCCUUUGCCGGUCAUGUACUUGGUCAAGAAGGGCGAUUACACAGAAAUUGAAGUGGCAGAAUUUCCUCAUAUGAUAGUUGAGAAAUGUUCUUGCUCCACAGAUGGAUUGCCCAGGUUCUGA